AUGAACAUGCGUGAACGUCGAGAGACCCAGGAGCACGGGGCGCAGUGCAGACCAUGUUUCUGCCGAUUUCGAGGUGUAUACAAAGAUAAAAAUGCUUCGGGCAACGAACCCGACGGUGGCGAGAGUGCUUCACCUUUCCCAGAGCGUAAAAGCCUUCCAGCACUCUUAAUCGAAAUGCUGCGGCGAUGAAGUCGACGGCACUAUAAUGAUUACCCGAGUGAGAAAUUCGUCCAACUGCUUAGAAUAUCUGUGGGGAGGCUCACGGGGUCGGGGUCAGCGUGCCUCUUCUCACGCCAGCUGUUUUGGAAAGCCAAGUGCAGACCACUCGUUUUUUUCCCAUCACGUCAUUCUACCUAUUGGGUUUGCACCUGCCGCGACUUCAAGAGCUACUCACUCACUUAGAAAAAGUUAUGCUGACGCAUGGUGCUGCUGCAGCUGCUGCAGUAGAUGUAGAAGUACGUCGAGGAGAUUUACUAGAUUUAUUACUAGCUCCGAAGUAGAUAGGCAUAGGUCUAGUAUUGCUGCCGGGGCGCGGUGCGUUUGGGCCUCGGGCUUUUGUGACGAGCAAAGAGCGCCAACAAAGAUAAACACGCUGAUGUCCACCUCUAGCGGCAGCCGGAGAAAAAGCGGAUCCGCGCCGUCCUCUCCUUCCGCCCCAGCCUCGAAGCGCGCAAAGCUAGACACAAGCAAAAACGCAAAUGCGCGAACGGCCGGAAAGAACAAGAAGUACCUCCUGACGAUCGAUAUGCCUGCUCAGCUGGACAAUAGUAUCAAAUCGCAACUGCCACGAUUCAAGUCCGUGAUGAUAAUUUGUGUUGCCUGAAAAAGAAAAAUACUCAUACUGGGUAGAAGCAACGAAGUCUGCCCCAUUCUGCAGUUCCGCGUGACAGAUGCAGUGCCACCCCUCACAAUGUGCUUUCCGUCGUUUAUUAAGUAUGGCAGUCAUUCUGCAAGAAGAGACUCUGUUGAACAAACUGAGCGCACCAUAGCAAAUCAAGGAACGACCUCAACCCGAUGCCUGCUAUUCGACUAUCAGUUUCGGCACGUGCGAACGGCACAGGAGGAAUUUCCGCAGUAUUACCCAAAGCCAGGCUGGGUAGAGCACGAACCCUCUGAAAUCCUGCAAAGUGUCAGAAACUGUGCAACGAAACUGAAGGUCGGGGCAGAUGAGGUACAACUGCGCGUUGAAAGAAGUAGUAGUAGUUCCAGUUAAAGUAUAGCCCCUCCUGUUUUGGCAUUCGCGCACCGAAGAUUAAACGAAUGCCAUGCCACCUGUUUGGUAGAAAUUUUUGUUGCUAAUGCUGAAGCUGCUCUUGCACGAUAAGGAUAAACAUAAAUUCCAAUUCGUCGUGAUGGAGAGACUUGCUUCCAGAUCCAGUGUAGAUGUACCACAGCACCAUGACUUUUCACUGGUGAAUACUAAGUCGAAAAAUGUCUGCAGCUAAAAAAUCGAAAUUUUAACACACUACAGCGCGAGGCUUUUGCUUGGGUUUUUCUUAUCGUGCGCAAUCGUAUAGAACGAGCGAAAUCUUCUUGAUGCCCGACAUGCCGGCUGGCUCUCUCAGGUUCUGUGGUGUGUGCCCCCCUGCACCUGUUGCGCGGAGGCACAGGCCGCCAACUCGGAUUACACAUUGCCGCUUUUUGCGCCCCGUCUUGGGUCAACUUAGUGGCCCGAGUCACAAAUCUGAACCCCUGCAUCAGCAGAAUGCCGUGCUGUGAGGGUUCAGAGUUGUGAUGCAAAGCGUGGCUCUGCGAAAAACGUCUGCACCUCGUCCACUGAGGUCCCCAAGUGGAGGCGCAGACGUUUUUCGCAGGGGGUGGGGAAAGUGGGGCUCAUAGGCCGUGUUUGUCUGCGCUGCGAAAAACGUCUGCACCUCCGAGAUUGGCCUCCAGAUGAGGCGUCCUCGGACACCUCUUCGGAGUCGUCCCGAGUCGCGGACCUCCGGGGCGACAAAUUGCGGCCGCCCUUUUCGCAGGGCCCCGACCUGUAUCGAGCUCAAGUUGCAGGCAACAGCCUGCAACUCGAGCUCAUCCCCGAGCCGACCUCCUCCGAGGCCACUUUUUUUGGAUUAGAAUUGCACCUCGCGCGGGGUCUUCGAGCAAACGACGCAGGAAUCGAGCGCAACACCUCGGCCAAGGUCCCCAGCACGGAGGCCACGGCGCUCGCAAGCGGGCUGCAGUCCGAGCGAGAAGAGAAGAACAGAAACUGCACUACCAAAAAUUUUGAUUUUUUUUGCUGCAGACGUUGAUUUUUCCACUUACUUAGUAGUGAAUUUCGUGUGAUUUUCACCCGCACACACCAGGUGGCUGCUAUCGGCAUCGCGAAUCAGCGUGAGACAACUGUCGCCUGGGAUCGGAGCACAGGGAAGCCGCUUCAUAAAGCGAUCGUCUGGAUGGAUACGCGGACGCACGAUGUGGUCAAGGACUUGUUGCAAAAGUACGACCAAAACACGGACCAUUUCCGAGCGAAAACGGGGUUGCCGAUCUCGACGUACUUCGCCGGAAUAAAAAUUCGCUGGCUUCUGCAAAAUGUCCCAGCGGUGAGCAGGAGACAUAGAUUUGCGUUUGCCAUUUUUCUUUUGAGCUUCGCCAACGCCAACAAAUGUAUACUAUGUAUGAUUUGCGCCUCUGAAGAUUUAAUUUUCAUCUCCGGUCCACACACACCUGGAUAACGGGGUUGCCAGCAGCCACGUCUGCCGGUCGCGCGCUCUGGCUGUCUGACGCCAGGUCUGCCCGUCUGACGCGCACUGCGGUCGGCUGCCGCCCGGUCCGGCCGUCUGCCGCCAGGCCUGCCCGUCUGAAGACGCAGCAAGGUCUAACCGUCCGCCACGCACCCACUCCCUCCGUCCGGCCGUCUGGCGCCAGGUCUGGCCGUCGGACUGGCAACCGGUCUGGCCGUCGGACGCCUGACCUUUCUGGCCCCCGGCGCCCGGCCUGUCCGUUUGACGCCAGGCUUGGCUGCGGUCUGACGUCCGGCCUGGCCGUCUGGCGACCGGCCUGGCCCCCUGAUGCCCAGCGUGGCCGCCUGACGCCAUACACCCGGCUCACAGGGUGCCCGGUUCUCCGGCGUACCUUGUCCAGGGUACCUGUUCACGGGGUACGUGAUCCCGGGUUCUUGGUGGUCCAUAUGGUACCUGCUCCCAGGGUGCGUGAUUUACACUUUUGCUCAUUUAAUUUCAGACUGUUGCUUCUCCUUCUGCUUACUCCAUGUCCAUCACAAUCUCUAAUCAGGUGAAGGCUGCUCAUGACUCGGGACGAUGCUGCUUUGGCACGAUUGACAGUUGGCUUGUGUACAACAUGACAGGUAAGUUUGUCACCGACAUCUCCAACGCCUCGCGGUAUCUGGCAAUGGAUCUGAAAAAAAGACUAUGAAACAAGUGAACUGCAACUCCGCCUCCGGUCCCGCACAUUUGCCAUGCAACAUGGCGAUAAAUAAUAUAUAAAUUCCAUGGCUCGGAACCUCCCAAUAGAAUAGCUCACCGGAAAAUUUUAGUUGAUUUCACUGGGGAACGAUUUUCGUUUCCGGGCACCUGACCGCGUCGGACACAGCUACAUCGCCGGGCAAAGCGGUCCGACUACACCUGCGGAGAAGUUGACGUCCCACCUUUGGGCCGCCCAAAAGUGAAAGCUUGCUAAAGCUUCAGGUUGAAAAACUGAAACCUCGCUGAGAAGUUGCGGCAGUCGUAGUUUUGGUCGUUUGUCAAACAGUGAAACUUCACUGAGAUUUCACUUUUUGAGCGCAUUUUUUAAAAGAUCUCAUUUUGGGGCCACCCCGCCCAAGCGUGAGAUUCCGGAAAAAGUGAAAUCUCACUGAGAUUUCACUUUCUGCACUGGAGCCCAGUGCGCCAUGGAAAGUGAAAUUUUUCAAAAAGUGAAACUCCACUGGAGUUUCACUUUUGGAAAGUGAAACUUUGGAAAAAUAAAGUGAAAUUUCACUGGAAAGCGAAGUUUUUCAAAAAUUGAAGUUUCACUUUUUGAAGGUCUCAUGUUUUAGCCUCCCAAAAGUGAAAUUUUUCAGAAAGUGAAAUUCCAGUGGAAUUUCACUUUUCAAAAGUGAAAUUUUGGAAAAAGUGAAACUCCAGUGGAAUUUCACCCCAUUUCCCAGUGGCGCACUGGGCCCCAGUGCCGCACUGGAGCCCAGUGCGCCACUGGGAAAUGGGGUGAAAUUCCAGUGGAAUUUCACUUUUUGAAAAAUUUCACUUUUUGAAAAGUUUCACUUUUAAAAGUGAAAUUCCACUGGAAUUUCACCCCUUUCCCAGUGGCGCACUGGGAAGUGGGUGAAAUUCCAGUGGAAUUUCACUUUUUGAAAAAUUUUACUUUUUGAAAAAUUUUACUUUUGGGAGGCUAAAACAUGAGACCUUCAAAAAGUGAAAUCUCACCGAGAUUUCACUUUUUUUCAGUGCCGCACUGAACAAGGGGUGAAAUCUCAGUGAGAUUUCACUUUCAGAAAGUGAAACGUCACCGGGAUUUCGCUUUUUUUCAGUGCCGCCCCGAAAAAGGAGUGAAAUCUCACUGAGAUUUCGCUGCGUUUUGAAUUUCCAGUCGGGCUCCAUCCUUCCCUCCCUUUUCUGAAGCAAAUGGCGUGAAGGCAUUUUUAAGAGUGUGCAUGUAUUGCACAGGCACAGGAAUUGCCCGCUUUGUAUUAUUCUUAUUGUAUCUGAAUCGUAGUGGUAUUGGUAGGAGAUCAUGGCCCGCGCAGCAUUUUAUUUGUAGGGGGGCACUCAUGAAGCAGGGAGCGCCACGCUGUGUAGCUGCCCAGAACUUCCAGAACUUCAACUUGUCACGCAAACACAGCCAAUAGUUGUAUAUGUAUAAUAUAGCUAGGCACGGAAGCUCCCUCAAAGAUAACACAAGAGAAGUCGAUGGGCCACCAGAAGACGGAGCUAUCUGGUAACAUUUACCCAGCUAUGUGCAUCUUCCAAUAGACGCUGAAGACCGCAGGUUUAAGAAAGAGGUCUCACUGGGUGUGAGUUCAUUCAUUCACUACACUGACUGCACUACAGUCGCAGUCCUGCUCCAGGCGUGACUUUUUCAUGCAAAGAGCUGCGCUUCUCAAUCUCGGGGCGGCGUACACACAGGCUGUUUGUGUUGCUAAACCACACGACGCCCGUGUUUUUCAAGUGACGGGGCGCCGGAGGUCAAGUUCUUGCACACGACUAUAAAACAAAUGGGACGCGGCGAUAUUGAAGGAGCUGGGCAUUAGUUCUGACUCGCUUCCGGAGAUCGUGUCAAACGUGGCCGAUUUUGGUAAGGUCAAGGAAGAAUUUUGCGCACCACUCGCCGGCGUUCCCGUCACCGGAGUGCUAGGAGACCAGCACGCAGCACUCGUUGGGCAAAAUUGUUUUUCGCCUGGCGGUAUGCGUCGCAAAUUACUAAAUUAGUACUACAUGCCUGGGUCUAGAUGUUGAAAGUAAGUUGUAAUCGUGAUGCUCCGCUGGUGGCGCUGCAUUUUCUAAGAAUUUGCAUCGUCCCCAUUUGCGUCCAGCUGCAUGCUGCAACCAAGCAGAAAAAUUGUUGAGCGGGCCAAGCGGGUCUGUAGUACGGAACGGGCGUCCUAAGUAGAACGUCGUCCCGCUUUGGGACGACAUCUUCAAAGGCGCAGCACUAUUUCUAUUCCGGGAAAUGCAGUGUAGUGCUUAGGAAGUAGGAUAGUAUGCAUUUGGCGUCCGUGCUGUCAUGUGGUUUUUUAUUGUGCCUGAUUAACAUCGACAUCCUAUCUGGCUACUCCGGAGUGCGAUCGUGGCGGACGGGCGGACCUGUACCGGCGACAGGCGCUAUCCAUCUUCCAAGCGCCCGACCACCAAGCAGGCGUGGAGCCAACUCGUGCGCUUCAUCAAUAAUAACUUUUCCAGGCCCAGACAGUUUUGCAGUGCAUAGGCGAAGCCAAGAACACAUACGGCACAGGUUGCUUCAUGAUCGCCAACACUGGACCGACAAUAGUCCCCUCUACGAAAGGCUUGCUGACAACGAUAGGCUAUCAGAUGGGAGUGGAGAGCCCUACUAUGUAAGUCUAAGUAUCGCUACGGUUUUUAAUAUAAUUACACCUAAAGACAAAAAUAAAAAAAAACUCUACUGCAACUACCUGAAAUAAGGUAUGAUGAAAUUAGAUUAGCAUUGGAUAUCGGAUGGAUAACGAAACCGGGGCGCGGCUAAUAUGACCGCUGAUGUAGCGUUUUUUCGGUUAAGAGUUAGAACCUGCUCGAAUCGCCGCGGCCUAGAUGGACGCGAUUGGAUCGGCGGGCAGGACAGCCGCCGGCGGCCGGCGGCUACCCUACCCAAGGUCCCCCGCGACUCUCCUCUCCUUUCUAUGCCGCCCAUGCCUCAAAGUCCUCCGCGCGGGUGGAGUUGUGCUACCCUAUUUUUUAUUGGGUCGUCUCGUUUAGGUUGACGGUGUCUUUUGGCCAAGGAGAAGCACCUCCAGAAUCGAGACCGCAAAUCGCUCUGGACGCAUGUAGCGGAGGUCAAUCACGCUCUGCGAUUGCGUGGCGCAAUCUGAUUCCAGUAACCUGGUCUCACUCCGAAGUGACCUGAUCUUGUAACCAGAGCGCGCCCCCCCGCGCGCAAAGCGCUCUUUGCGAGAUGCUCAUCCACCGCAAACGCAGCGUGAAGGCUUAGCCGUUGUCACAUAGGAGGUGCUUGGGGGUAUGCAACCACUCCCAAAGUCGCGCGCUUUCAGGUGUGAGUGUGUUCAGCCUUCUGAACAAACAAGCGGAGCCCGAAAAAGUUCGCGGACAUUUUGCGAAAGCAGAAAGAAACGGCAACUGGAACUGCCAAGCGUGGGCAGGGCACGAAAGAGCAGCUGCGCGGUUCUCCUGGCCUCCCUGAUUCUAAAAAGAGUUGCUUUGCUUUUUGAGCGGCCGACGGUGUGUGUCGGGGAAAUUAUUCCACCACUCGGCGGCCGCCCCGGCCGCUUGGAAACUGAAAAAGAGCGCGCAAAAAAGUCGACCCAUUUAUCGCAGCGUGGAAGCAGACUGGAGAAAGCAUAGACUUUGUGCAUGUCGCGAAAGCCCAUUGAAAAUUGAAGGCGAAGACUUUUGCUGAAAAAGUAAACGCCGCUCUGCAAUUGCCGCUCAGAGGCGUCCCGAGAAAUUUUCCGGCUGCCCAUACCUUGUUCGGGACUGUAAGAAAAAAGAAGCAAAUGUAAAAAGCAGACACCCCUUACAAUCCUGCGAAUGUGUGUCCCCCCCGCGCGGUUUUCUACUUCUCUGCGGGUCGCUACAAAUUGGAACCCUUUACCCGCUUACGCUUAGAAGUGCUCGACUUUCUUGGGCGGCCCACACGGGCUGCCGGAAAUGGCCAAAAUGAUGCAGCUCUUGUACCUUCCCGCCUGCCCUCGCGCAUAACAUUACGCACGGCGGCAGAGUUACCUUCAGAGAGGGCUCCUUUGUCUCAGUGGGUCAAGAAAGGGCGCCCCGCUGUGAGUUGGCCGCGUUUCGCAUUCAAUGACUAUCGUAGGAGCCUGCAGGCCGCUGCGGGCGGCACCGGAAGUACUUGCCCGCGGCCCGCGCGGCGCGCUGUAAUGUUAGAAAAAGACUGCCGGGCCUUCGCGCUGGUGUUGAGGUGUCCACGCACGCACUUGGUUACCAAUCUCGCCCUCCGGGCGCGACCUUAUCACUAGUAUUCAGGCCCAUUCUAUGUCCUGGUAGUGGUUUUGUUUUCCGCUUUGUAACUCCAACUUCUCUUUCUCAUUCAUUUUCUCUCUCUUACUUCUUCGAGGGCACUGCAAGUCCGAAUGAUCUGUGGACCAUGACCAACAAAUCUGUAUGGAAUCAUGAACGCGCAUGAAGAUACUCGUGGCCUGCGUCGAAGAACCCCCUCAAUAUAUGAAUGCAACCACAAUGGCAUCUACUCAGUUACGCGCUUGAGGGCUCCGUGGCGAUUGCCGGACGAUUGAUCCAGUGGCUGCGUGACAAUCUAAAGAUCAUCCGGGACGCACCGGACAUAGAGGCAGUAGCGAAACAGUGCGACUCGACGAAUGGCGUGGUCAUCGUGCCAGCCUUUCAAGGUCUGUUUGCUCCGUACUGGCGUGACGACGCCCGGGCUGUUAUCUCUGGAAUGACGCUUAUGUAACCGCAACCGCAAGUUUCAGGUUGAAAAUUUGAAAGAUCAAAUGGAAAUAAUGAUAAAUGUAUUCAUUGUCUUCACGCGACACAAGUCCAAGUGCAAGAUCAAGAAGUGCGUGCAGUGCCGACAGAGUAACAACGGUUGACUCUGACCGUAGCCCUUUUACUUUAGGAUAAAAAAAGAGGGCGUUUACUACCAUGACUGUGACACGGCGGCACUUCAUCUUUGCACUGACCAGCUUGACCGAUUUACCCCGACAAGCGUCAGAAAAAUCAAACUUGCCAUAAUGCGCUGGUGAAUAUCGAGUUCCAAUGGAAUUCAGUUUAUGCUGAUGGUGCAUGGUGAACUAUAUUUACUAUAAUGAUUUUUAUGUUUUUGCAUUUUCAUUUAUUUGGCGAUUUGCUUUUCCAACCUGGUGACGCUUCUACAACGUUCCAAGCUGGACGCCCAGAGCUAUGUCGUGCGGCACUGGAAGCGGUAGCGUUGCAGGUCUGCGAUGUCUUUACAGCAAUGGAAGGCGACGGUGAGAUGAGUAGUUUCUGGAGCACAGCAUUCAAUUUUUGUACUUCAGAUUGUCCGAAGUUUCGGUCCUGCGUCUGUAUCUGUACGUACUUGUUGGAUCUUGUUCGUGAUAAUGCUUAAGAUGUUGAUGAUCUCGUAGAAGUGGGGCCUCCUUAGGAUGUAGUCGCGCUGCUUGCCUAAAAGCAGCUCAGAAAAACGAUACUGAGCAGUUUCUCCUUCCCUACCAUCAGGUAUUAGUGUGAAACAGCUUCGCGUGGAUGGUGGUAUGACGGUUAACGAGACACUUAUGCAGACCCAGGCGAAUUUUCUUGGCGUCAAGGUGCAGCGCCCGGCCAUGGUAGAGACGACCGCCUUGGGCGCCGUGAUUGCGGCGGCGAUUGGCGUGGGACUCUAUCGCAACACGGAUGAGGUGAGGAGUGUUUGCAAUGCAUCCUUUACCACGUUCUCUCCGAGCGUGUCUUGGCAGGAACGUAAGACGGCACGCGACCUGUGGGCCAAAGCAGUUGCGAAAACGGUCGGGGACCACUCGAACUUAUAA